GAUUUGUCUAGUAGCCUCUAAUUAGUUGUAUGUAGCCCUGUAGUAAUCUUCUUGCACAACCUUAAAAUGAGUGUCCCUCUCGACAAACAAAACGUUGUUAUUGAUAGUAAUAAAUCAAAAGAAACAUUUCCCGCAUUGCAUCAACGAUGGGUUGAGGAGGUCCAGUUUGUGAGCUACCAGGCCCCACCCACUGACCUGACUGACAAGGGACAGUACGAGGAAUGGCUGGAGAGGCUGAAGUUUAUAGAGGCGGACAUCCACUGGCUGCUGCAGUUGCCACAUGCAAAGUUUUGGUGCCAGGCAAUAUUUGACUCGAGUCUUCAUAGAUGUCUAGAUAGCUACCUGAGGUUUGCCCCAAGGUCAUAUGAGACUAUACACAAGUUGCCCUCGGCUGCCAAGGAGACCCAUGAUGAAGUUCACAGGCUCAUCUUCCUGUCCUGUCUGAGAAUGGCUACUUACAAGGAGUCGAAGGAGUGUUACAUUACACCAAGUGUGUUCGGAGAGAUCCUGUACGAGAAUUUCCUGUUUGACAUCCCCAAAAUGCUGGACCUGUGUGUGCUAUAUGGGGCUGGGAACAAGCAGCUACUGGCCCGUAUGAUUGACAACAUCUUCACCCAACAGCCCGGCUAUCACCAGGACUUGGCUGAUACCAUCAACACUCUCUCCCAAGUUUUUGACAACAUCACUACCAAAUGUGGUAUACAGGUAGAAUCUGGCUCGCAGUCACCUCAGAAACUGGGUGAGCUGGGCACCAAGAAGGCUUCCUUACUUACCAUGUCAACUGCAGAGUUCCGGGAUAUUAUCUUCUACCUGUCCGACAUUGGUGUGACCUUGACCUCAUUUCUGGAUGUUUUCCCAGAAGCAUGUCAAGCGUUUCAUGACAGUGAUUUCCUCGUGCGACUUCCGGGGUUUUACGAUGCAGUGGUCCCGGAGGUGUUUGCUGCAUUGAAACAGAGGGAGCUCAAUAUUGGAGAUAAGAAGGAAUUGAAAAAGAAGUUGUUAGAGGGGAGGACCCACCUACUAACUGUGUUCCAGACUGUCAUCGCCCACUGCUGUAUACAACCACUACUAGAGAAGACGGGUGUGACAAUGGAUUAUGUGGAAGACUACCUUCACCUCAUGUCAACUGUGCUGAAUGAUAGGAGGUUUCUGGCAGACUAUGAGAGUGUUCUCAGUUUCCAAGGUGACCUGGAUAUUCUUAUGCAGGCUUCUGGGGAUGUUGAUGAAACCAGAAUACAGUACAUCAAGGAAGCUGUGAACAUCGCAUUUGCGACCUACGGGAAACGCAAGGCCCCUAAAGGAGCCAUGAACCGAGGGGGUAGGAAGAGCCCGGAUGGGUCUGUGGGGCCCCUGGAAGGGGCUACAGGAGGUGCCACUGCUGCCGUACAGCCAGGUGCUUAUCAGGUGGAGGAUCAUGACAGCGGUGCCUCGUCUGCCCCAGCUGUUACGGGAGUUCAGCUGGACUCUCUCAUCUCCUCUAUCAAGGAUCUGCUUCCUGAAUUAGGAGAAGGAUUCAUUGAGUUGUGUUUGGAGGAACUUAACUACGACAUGGAGAGGGUGAUCAAUGCCAUGCUAGAGGACAAUCCUCCCCCAUCACUGCGGGAGGUGGACAGGCUACUGCCCAGGAAGAAAAGGGCCCCUUCACCUCCGAGUCUCCUGCACGAGAGGAAGAACAUCUACGAUUACGAUGAAUUUGAUGUGUUCCAUAGAGACGACAUAGACAAACAGAAGAUACGCCAUGGAAAAGCAGAGAAGACUGAGAACAUCGUGAUAGGGGACAAGACAGCCCUGAGAGAAAUCAAUGACAAUAUCAGCAAGGACUACGGGGUUGUGGUUGACAUUGUGGAAGAGAGGGUGCCCCCUGCCCAACCCCCAAUUUCAGCUGACACUGGGGAGGGGGAGUAUACACGGGAUUUGUACGAGGACGAGUAUGAUGAUACAUAUGAUACGAACGUGGUCGGCGCUGAUGAUGCAGAUUCUGCUGACGAGCUUACAAAUCUUAGACCAUUUACUGUACCAAGAGUGCUGGGUGGGGCGAUGGUCAGUCGUGCAAAGGUGAAUUAUGAGAAUGACUCUGAGGAAUCAGAGGAGGAAUCACCAGGCAAAAAGAAGGACCUGUUUAUAGAAGACCCAGCCAAAAUCAGGGAGAGGGCAGAGGACCGUGCUCGCUGGAAGGCCAAUAGGAGAGGUCAAGGUUACCAAGGACAGCAAAGUCAAGGUCAAGGCCAACCAGCUCAAGGUCAAGCCAAAAAGACCCAUGAUGUAAAGGGUGGACCAAAAGGUCAAGGACAAAGUAAGGAGGUACAGAGAAACAGAAAAUGGAAAACUGAGCACAAAGGUGACUUCCGGCGAGCGCAGGCCGACAGGAAGAGGAAAGUGUAGGUUGCGGGGACUGUGAAGGAAUUGUGUUCAUGGAAUUAUACACUAGUGAAAUGUUGCUUUUUUUAAAAAGAAACCAAUUGAAUGUGUUAAAUCAGGCACUAGGUAGAGCUUGACUCGAUAACUCUUAAUGUUAUUUGGCGAGUCAUACACGAUUCUUUCAUUUGAAAAUUCCAGGCGACGGUUUUGCUUAUGGUUACUGGGCUGGUGUUUUCGUAUAAUGUUGUUGCAUGUAAUAAGCAGAUUUUUGUUCUUAUAAAUUACAAAGACUAUUAAAGAGGCUUUGGACUUUUGCACCAUAUACAAGUCAAUUUCUGAUUGUGAUGGAAGUAAUUGGUUAAUACAGAAAUAUUUUGUUAUUUAUUUAAAAUGAAUCCUGAACUUGUUUAUUUUACUAAUGUUAAUAAUAAUAAUGGUAUUGCUUUAUUUGCACAUCUCCAGUAAAUUUGCAGCUUGUUGCUGUGAUAAUAAAUCAUAGAAAAUUGUACGACUCUUCUUGUAGUCUAACUUAGUUCAUGCUGAACAUUUGAUUUUGAUGAAAUCUUUUUAAGAUGCAGCACCAAGGAAUGUGUAUGUAAUGUCCUUGAGUAUUUGGUGUUUCUCCAUUCCAUUGUGGUCUGCAGUUUGACUCAAUGUCCAAGUCUCGAGGUCAUCUUGAUCCUACACUGAUACAGAUACAUUUGUAUAGAUUAUUGUCCAUUGGGAUUAUGUCACAAGUUUCAUGUUUGGUUGUGGAGAACUUGUGCCAAAUCAUUCAAGUUCCCAAGAGUAUAGUUAUUUGCCAGAUAAAAAAUCUGUGGGGGAUUGCAUAAUUAUGUUUUCAAAAGAUCGGACUUCUGAUGGAGACCUUGAUGUUGAAGCUUGGGACAUUGGAUGGUAUUCGUCUAUAUUUUUUUGUCAUAACUUCAAGUCCAAAAUACUAUUUAAAAUCACAAAGUGCUUUCAUGUAUUUAUUUUUAUA